CCUAGAUAUUACUUUGCGGCUGGUUUAGGUGACCUGAGACAAAGGGCGCAGCCCUUGGGAGCAUAUACCCCCAUAUACACCUAAGAAGUAGGGAGUUGAAAACGAGUUUUUGAAGCGGCGAUAGGUUGGUGAUCUCCACAUCACCGUAUUAUUAGUUAUGUAAGGGAAGGUGUAAUUACCUAGGUAUUUUGUAGUAUAAAGCUCGCAAUACGCUACAAUCGGAAUCUUUCUAUGGUCCAUUUCGACUUUCGUGAAAAUAUGUCCUUGGUCUGAAAAAGCAUUCGGUUUUUUCAGGACUGAGAAGGGGCUUCGGAGCUCGGAGAUACUUGUGGUCCAAUCUCUCGUUGUUACACAUACACAACUAAAUUACAUCUUGCUUUCAGUGGUCGGACAUUACAUCCUGGUUCUGUUCUAAGGGCUGCGCCGCUGUGCCCCUCUCCACACUCAAGUUUCCUCACUUCAAAGAAUUAAAGAACCACCGCGAUGACGGAAACGAUAGAGCCCAAGGCGACGGUGGAAACGGGACGGCGCGAUGGGAAUGCUGAUGCGCUUCGGCAACCCAUCGACAUUGACCAGCCUGCCGUUCCGCCGAAGGAUGGUUUAUUGGCGUGGAUACAGGCAUUGGGGGCUUUUGUCUUGAAUCUUAAUACAUGGGGCUUGAUGAAUUCGUACGGCGCCUUCCAGACCUUCUACCAAUUAGGGAUGCUGAGUGACCAUUCGUCGUCGAGCAUUGCCUGGAUCGGAUCGACUCAAUCCUUCUUCCUCUUUUUCAUAUCCCUAGCCUCAGGGCCCCUUUUCGAUGCAGGCUACCUUCGCUGGCUUCUCUGGAUCGGCUCUUUUCUAUUGGUGGUAGGCAUGUUUCUUACCAGCGUCACACCAGCCUACUGGCAGGUCUUCCUCACACAGGCCCUGAUAACUGGCCUCGGCUUGGGUUGUCUAUAUCUCCCUGCACCAGCUGUGGUUUCUCAGCAUUUUCAUGCGAGAACCGCGCUGGCUAUGGGUACUUCUUCUACUGGCAGCGCGAUAGGUGGCAUCAUCUACCCUAUUAUCUUCAACCAGUUACAGCCCCAAGUAGGAUUUGGCUGGGCGACACGUACAUUGGCCUUUGUCCUCCUAGCAACCUCUACAAUUCCGGUCUUCCUCAUGAAGGCUAAUGCCCCACCCCGGCCAACUCGAAGUCUUCUCGACCAGUCAGCUCUCAAAGACUUGCCAUACAUCGUUUUUAAUUGUGGCCUUUUAUUCGGCAUCAUGGGCUUCUACAUCGUAAUGAACUACGUCGAACUGUUGGCCUUAGCGAGGACCAACACCACGCCAAAUUUGUCAGGCUAUUUGCUAGUAAUCAUCAAUGCUGCUUCGCUACCUGGGCGACUCGUACCAGGUUAUUACGCAGAUCAGAUUGGUAGCAUUAAUGUGCAGACGGCUGUGGCGUUUUUAGGCGCAGUGUUAACAUUCUGCCUGCUCGCAAUCGAUACCUCAGCUGCCUUGGUUGCCUUUAGUGUGUUAUACGGCUUUAUGACUGGUGCCUUCAUGGGGCUACCCGCCGCCGGUAUCAUGAGCCUCUCGGUCGAUAAAAGUAAAAUUGGUACGCGUCUUGGUAUGACGCUAUCAUUUGUAGGGUUUGGAUUGCUUGUUAGUAAUCCCAUAGCCGGCGCUAUUUUGGGAAACGAAGGGAACUGGGUUGGGUUGAUCGUGUGGUGUGGUGCAUUAUUAUUGGCUUCUGGUGUAUGUCUUGCGACAAGCCGAAUUCUCAAGGUCGGACCAGGAUUAACUAAAACGAUAUGACUAUGAACAUCCAUUUAGAGAUGGUUAGAGAUGGCCGUCCAGUAUCAUAAGGACUUUCAGAUCGCGGAGUGUAAAGUUUCGGAGGACAUUCUUACUUUAUGAUUACUUAGGUUAGUAUUAAAUUUUUAUGUUUAUACAAACUAAAUUCACGAAACACCCC